UUAUAUUUUUCAUUCAGACCGAACAUCACUUGUUCCUUUGUACAGAUUUUUAUAUACAAUAUCAGGUUUAUUUUAUAGUAAUGUCGUAAGCAUGUCAGUAUUAAAUUUGUUAUAUUACAUUCAUUAGCACGAUACAUGAUUCAAUAUGCCUUAUAUUUUUUAGUUCUGAUAUUUCUCUAGGCAGACAUAAAAAUUAAAAAAUAUAGGUUUACAUAUACGAAAGCUUUGUUUUUAAAAUUUUUGUUUUGCUAUCAUUCAAAAUUGUUAUCUUAUAUCUCACAUCUAAAAUAUGACAUAUUUGAUAUACGUCUGUCUCACCUUUUAGCCAAUCAGGUUGGAGAUGUUCGUGCUAAUGAUAGCAGUAUAGGCAUAUGUAACACGCACAAAAUUAUAUCACAGGUUUAAACUACGCUACUCUAAUACAGGUUGUUGUUGGUAAUUAAUUUAAAAAAACAACACGAACACAGUUAAAAUAUAGCAAUCUGGAUCUAAUUGAGUCAAUACGUCCCUAAAUGACUAUAAUCCCGCACAAAAUGUUUUAGAAAAUAGCCGUUUUGAAUUCUGUAAAUCGCAGUUUAUACAGAUAUAAUAUUUCUAAUUGUUUGUGGUUAUGAUUUCCAAAAUUCUUAGUAUCAAAUGUUUUAAAUGUAGUCAUUAUUAUCCACCCUCACAAAUUAAAAAUGAAGUUGGUUUCUCAAGUAUUUUCGUUGUAGGUGAUGCAUUGAAGUGCUAUCAGAAUGCAAAUGGCAGCAAAAUACUAGCACCUUGUGACGCGACAACCAACUAUGAUAGAUGUGUCGCAGGAAAGUUCAGUGUAACCGUCUCAGUUGGUGAACGUGAUGUACCGUUUUCAAGGGAAAUUUUUACGUGUACUAUGAGUGCAUUUUGUAAUCGAUUUUGCGAAUUAACCGUAAAAAAUAUACAGAAAAAUGUACCUAAAAUAAACUUUAAGAAUUGCCAGAGUUAUUGUUGUACCGGCGAUGGAUGCAACAAAGUUUUACAGCAGAAAGAAAGUCAUGGUUACAUCAUUGCCGGUGAUUUUUUAAUUGUCGUAUUUACCCUCAUAGUUUCUUUUCUCUGGAUAUAAAAAGAACUCCUUAACGUUUUAAGCACUAUAUAAUUUAAUCUAUUUUUUAUGGUUUUCUUUAAUUUUUAGUUUAUUUAUGGUACACUUAUAUUGUAUUAUAUAGCCACUGUUCUACAAUUUUUAUUCACGUUGCAUUUUUUUUACAACGUAAAUAGAUAACGUAAUUCAAUAUUUAUUACUAGCAACAAAAGUUUAUGUGGAGUAUUAUUAAUUUUUUUAUUAAAUGAAUUGUAGAAACUACAUCCUGAACCAGCUAUUUCACAGAUAUUGUCAUUUUCCUUGUGCAUAAAAUAAAGAAAGGAGGCACAAAUAAAAUCCUUUCCCUUUUUCUACAAUAUGUUUUUUUACAUAUGUUGAAAUAUGAGU